GCUUUUCCAGAAUCGCUUCUUCAAAACAAAGUACACAGAGGAAAAGUUUCUUCCUUUCUGCGAAAAAAGCGUUUCAAGAUAGGUGAAGAACAAUGGCCAAGUCUUGCAAGGGAUUGGCCAUGGAGCUUGUGAAGUGUCUCAGUGAAUCUGAUUGUGUUAAGGUUGAGAACAGAUCGUACAGGGAUUGUGCUGGAGAGAAGUGUCCAUCAAUAUCAAGCGAGUGUGUAGGACUCAGGGAAACCUAUUUCAAUUGCAAAAGAGGCCAGAUUGAUAUGAGAGCAAGGAUUCGUGGAAACAAAGGGUAUUAAUGAAUGCCAUAAAUUGGAAAACUGUGGUAUUGUACUGUCCAGUUAUGAUACCCAAGAUGAAGCCAACUCAAAGUAAAAGAUGAGAAUGAAUCAGAGAGAAUGCAUACUAAUAAUUGUUUGAUUCAUGGCAUUUUAAGUUUUCAUGCACUUGAAAAAAUGUACUUUGUUACGUAGAAAAAUUAGUAUAAAACUCAAGUCAGAGUUUCAAUUUUUAAA